AUGCUACCCGUUCAUCGUAUCGUAUCGGAUCGGUUCGGAUCGGAUCGUGAACGAUGUAAUGAGCGAAAUUAUUGUGAAGGUAAUCCAUGCAAAAAUAAUGCUGCAUGUAUAUCAACAACCGGAGGUUAUCGUUGCGAAUGUCCGGAAGGUUUUCAUGGUAACAAAUGCGAAUUGGACGUGAAUGAAUGUCAUUCGAAUCCGUGUUUUCGCGGUAAAUGCAUUAAUGAGUUUGGUUCAUAUCGAUGCGAAUGUCCAAAUGAUUUUACUGGUCGUAAUUGUGAAACAUUCUCAUUUAAUCGUGAUCCAUGUUCCACAUCACCGUGUCACAAUAAUGCCAAAUGCUAUACGUAUCAUGAUAAUAAGUAUUAUUCUUGUGAAUGCCGUCCUGGUUUUACUGGACGACAUUGUGAAGUGAAUAUAGAUGAUUGUUCGGAAAAUGCUUGCAUGAAUGGUGGUAGUUGCAUAGAUCGUGAACAAGGUUAUGAGUGCAAAUGUCCACCAUUUUAUACAGGUCGUUUCUGUGAGGAAGAUAUCGAUGAAUGUGAAUUAGGUUUACAUGAAUGCAAAAAUGGCGCAACGUGUUUCAACAAAAAAGAAGGUUAUCAUUGUGUUUGUGUAAAUGGUUGGGAAGGUGUUCAUUGUGAGAUAAACAAAGAUGAUUGCGUGGAUGCGCUUUGUGAAGCUGGUAGCACGUGCGUGGAUCAUCUCGCUAAGUAUACUUGUGAAUGUCCAACUGGUCGUAUCGGUUUAUUUUGUCAUAUGGAAGAUCCAUGUCUAUUAAAUCCAUGUCGAGUUGGAUCAGUUUGUGAACCGGAUACAUCAAGCGGGAAGUAUACAUGUGAAUGCCCAAAAGGAUACACUGGAGAUGACUGUUCCAAUGAUAUCAACGAAUGUAAUCAGGGUCAUGCUGUUUGUUAUAACGGUGGUACUUGUGUAAAUAUACCGGGAUCAUUUUACUGUGAAUGUCCACCAGGAUAUACCGAUUGGCAUUGUCAAACUCAUGUAAAUCAAUGUUCCACUAAUCCAUGCCUUAAUUCUGGCACAUGUUUGGAUUAUGGCACACGUUUCAAAUGCGUUUGUAUGUCAGGUUUUCAUGGAGAACGAUGUGAGCUUAAUUGUCCAUCUGGUUAUGAAGGUGAAAAUUGUGAACGACGACAGAUUGUUGAAUGUAGCAUGACCGAUUGUCUAAAUGGUGGUGUUUGUUCGAAAGGUUCAUGUCGUUGUCCACCGGGAUUUAUUGGUGAUCGUUGUGAGAAAAAAUCGGAUCCAUGCAAAUAUCAUAAUUGCCCACAGAAUGCCAUUUGUAUUCCAACCAAUAAUGGUGCUACUUAUAAAUGCGAAUGUAAAUUAGGUUUCUAUGGACAUGAUUGCAAACUGGAAAUGAAUGAAUGCGCAUCAAAUCCAUGUCAACAUGGUGGCAUUUGUACGGAUCAUUUGAAUGGAUACGUAUGUUCAUGCAGUACAGGUUAUACCGGUGAACAAUGCCAAACGAAUAUCGAUGAUUGUAUACAUCAUCCAUGUUUACACGGUGGUACUUGUAUUGAUGGCAUCAAUUCUUAUUUAUGUCAUUGUGCUCUACCAUAUGAUGGCGAUCGAUGCCAAUAUGAAUUAGAUCCAUGUCGAACAAAUCGCUGUGAAAAUGGUGCAAUUUGUAAGCCUACACCAACUUAUCGGAAUUACACAUGUAGUUGCAGUAACGGUUUUCAUGGAUCUUAUUGCGAAAUUGAUAUUGAUGAUUGCGCAACAAAUAAUCCAUGUUUUAAUGGUGGUACUUGUACAAAUACAUUUGGCUCAUAUCAAUGUCAUUGCGCGGAUGGAUAUACCGGUAGGAAUUGCGAAGAUGAUCGAGAUGAUUGCUUACCAAAUCCAUGUUUAAAUGGUGGCCAUUGCGUGGAUGAACUGAACGGCUAUCAUUGCGAAUGUUUGGCUGGUUUUACGGGUCGUCAAUGUGCAACAAAUAUCGAUGAAUGUGAAUCGUCACCAUGCGAAAAUGGCGCAUCAUGUAUCGAUCAUGUAAACGGUUUCGAAUGCGUAUGUCGCCGAGGUUUCAGUGGUACUUUCUGUCAAACCAACGAUGAUGACUGUCAAUCAGGAUUAUGUUUGAAUGGUGGAACUUGCAUUGAUGGUGUUAACUCGUAUCGUUGUCGAUGUAAGCGUGGAUUUACCGGGAAAAAUUGCCAACGUCAAAUUGAUUUAGAACAAUUCAAUGUAACCGAUUUGUUGGAGCAUGAACUAUGCACUAAGCAUGAUUGUGCAGCAAAGGCAGAUAAUAAAGUAUGUGAUCAAGUUUGCAAUUAUUAUGCAUGUAAUUAUGAUAGUGGAGAUUGUAGUGCUGGUACAAAACCGUUUGAAAAAUGCGAAUCAUCAAGUUAUUGCGCUCAUGUUUUUAGAGAUGGAAAAUGUGAUCCGGUAUGUAACAAUCAGGAAUGUCUAUUUGAUGGAUUUGAUUGUGAUAGUAUUCCGGAACAAUGUCCCAAAAAUGAUUACUGUACGACACACUACGCUGAUGGACAAUGUGAUCGAGAAUGCAAUGUUAUCGGUUGUGGAUGGGAUGGUGGUGAUUGUGAUUCUUUUGAUGUUGAAACACGGCUGGCUGGAAAUAUCAUAGUAAUACUUUUGAUUAGUCCAGAAGAAUUUUUACGUAAUGCGCAAGUAUUCCUUUUUACAUUAAGUCAAAAGUUACGUAGUGCAAUACAUAUUCGAAUGAUAAAUGAUAAACCAAUGAUCUAUUCAUGGAGUUCAGAAGAUGGUAUUGGACCACUAUAUGAUGUACCACAAGAAAAGCAUCAUUUACUCAUUUCAAAUUUUCAACGAAAUAAAAGACAAAGUCAAUUACGAGGUACAAUGGUAAUGCUUACGGUUGAUGUAUCACAUUGUCGUAAAAUUGAUCGUGAAGAAUGCUUUUCGAAUCUAUUUAGUGUUGUAGAUUAUUUAGGUGCAGCUAACGCCAAACAGGAAUUGCAGGAACUUGGUAUGCCAAUGCAUUCAGCACGAGUUGAAUUAGAUAAUAGCAUGCAAUCAAAAGGAAUCUCUUUACAAACCUUACUUAUUUGUUUAUCAGUUUUUUUCACAACAAUACUAAUUGCUUACUCGAUGGUUCAGCAAGGAAGAAAACGGAAAACUCUUCAUGCUCGUAUUUGGCAUCCACCAGCAUCCGAAAGUUGUAAAUCAUCGACUGGCAAUCUGGACACAUAUAGCAUCCAUAGCGGAUAUUUGUUUAGUAAUUAUGGUUCAGCAAAACGCUCUCGUUCUGAUAAUAUUCCUGUUGGUAUUGCUCAUCCGAAUUUAUACAUUGGCGAAGAUACACAAUCAUUCCUGAAACCGAAAACUGUAGGUGCCGAUGAACGGCAAUGGACACAUUUACAUGAAGCUGCUGAUUCUACAUCACCCAUAUCUUUACCGAUAGAACCUUUAUUGGUUAACGUACGUGGAAAACAUGGACGUACGGCUAUGAUGCAAACAGCAUCUAAUCAAGCAAAAAAUGAAGAAGCAUCUUGUGAGGAUAUUCGUAAUUUAUUAGAAGCUGGAGCGGAAAUUGAUGCACAAGAUGAUAGCGAAGAUACCGCUUUGAUGCUUGCGGUGAAAAGCGGUCGAACAACGGUCGUAGAUUGUUUGUUAAAAAAUGGAGCUGAUCCAACAUUAGUUGAUGAAAAGGAUCGUACACCGUUGCAUCAUGCUGUUGCUGUGAAUAUACCAAAUAUUGUACAGCUAUUGCUCGAUACACGACAAGUUAAUGUGGAUGCAUUAGAUGAAGAUAAUCGAACACCGCUAAUCAUUUGCUCCAAAUUUGAUAUACGUAUGGGUACGGAAAUAGCUGAAAUGCUUCUGAAAGCAAAAGCUGAUGUAGCAUGUGCUGGUGAUAAAAGUUUAACAAAAUAUGACGGAAGAACAGCAUUACAUUUUGCUUCACAACAUGCUAAUUUAGAUAUAAUUCGUCUUCUAAUUCAUAAUGGUGCUAAUAAAGAUGCACAAGAUUCAUUGGAUCAAACACCCUUAUUUUUGGCAGCAUCAGAAGGACAUCUUGAUGCUGUAGAAUGUCUUAUCAAUCUUGGUGCUAGCAAAGAAAUCACGGAUCAAAAGGAGCGAUCACCACGUGAUGUUGCUGCAGAGAAGGAAUUUCGUGAUAUUGUUCAUUAUCUCGAUACAAUACCUACUCCAAGAAUUUUACCAUCAAAUAUGACUGCAAAUUUAGCACUUUCAGCACAUCAACGUUUUAAGAAAUCAUUCAAGAAAACAACGAGGCCAACAAUCAAAAAGAAUUCAUCACCAGCUUAUCCAUCAGCAGUAGCAGCAGUAACAACACAAUCAUCAACUGCACCAAAUCCACUUACUCCACCAAAUUCUGAUGGUUCAAACUACUCCACUACACCAUCACCUCAUGAUACGACAGCUGCGGUUCACGUUGGAACAACAGCAAUACGUGGAAUUACGGUAACCCAGGCUACUGCUGGACAUUCGGAAAAUACAGUACUUCAAUCAUCAUCUGUUAUGCUGUCACCUUACUCCGAUCAUCAUAAUGGUAUUGGAUGUAGUCCACCGCAAAUGGUGGCAGCAAUGCAAGCUGGUUGGUUACCGUCGAAAUUUUCAACUAAUCAAUCAUCCUGUCAACAAUAUGAGGAAGGAUUAUUUUAUGGUACAGGAGUGUUAUCCUUUCCAUAUGAUCAAAGGACAUUAAGGCCUUCAUAUUCUCAAUCACAUAUGCCUCAUGUACAGCAACCACCUACUGCUUACUAUAAUGUAUAG